AGAGGAAAGGGGGGAUGGGAAGCGAGACAGGAGGGGGAGGGGCCUCGGCGAGCCCAGAAAAACGACAACGCGAGAAAAAUUAGUAUUUUUGCACUUCACAAAUUAAUGACCAUGAGCUCGUUUUUGAUAAACUCCAACUACAUCGAGCCCAAGUUCCCUCCCUUCGAGGAGUACGCGCAGCACAGCGGCCCGGGCGGCGGAGACGGCGGCCCGGGCGGGGGCCCCGGCUACCAGCAGCCCCCAGCGCCCGCGGCCCAGCACCUGCCAUCGCAGCAGCCCCAGCUCCCCCACGCGGGCGGCAGCCGCGAGCCCCCCGCCUCCUACUACGCGCCGCGGGCUGCCCGCGAGCCCUCCUACCCCGCGGCCGCGCUCUACCCCGCGCACGGGGCCGCCGACGCCGCCUACCCCUAUGGCUACCGCGGCGGCGCCAGCCCGGGGCAGCCGCCGCAGCCCGAGCAGCCCCCGGCGCACGCCAAGGGUCCCGCGCACGGCCUGCACUCGAGCCAUGUUCUGCCGGCCGGGCGGCAGCCCCCGCCGCCGCCGCCGCCUCCCCCGCAGCAUCGCGCGGCGCCCCCCGCGCCCCCGCGGCGCUGCGAGGCGGCUCCGGCCACCCCGGGCGUCCCGGCAAGGGGCAGCGCCCCCGCGUGCCCGCUGCUCCUGGCCGACAAGAGCCCGCCUGGCCUGAAGGGCAAGGAGCCCGUGGUGUACCCCUGGAUGAAGAAGAUCCAUGUCAGCGCCGUCAACCCCAGUUAUAACGGAGGGGAGCCCAAGCGCUCUCGAACCGCCUACACCCGACAGCAGGUCUUGGAGCUGGAGAAGGAGUUCCAUUUUAACCGCUACCUGACCCGGCGGCGCCGCAUCGAGAUCGCCCACACGCUCUGCUUGUCGGAGCGCCAGGUCAAGAUCUGGUUUCAGAACCGGAGGAUGAAGUGGAAGAAAGAUCACAAACUGCCCAACACUAAGAUGCGAUCCUCCAACUCGGCCUCGGCCUCAGCAGGCCCGCCAGGGAAAGCACAAACUCAGAGCCCGCACCCGCAUCCCCACUCCCACCAGGGCGCCUCCACACCCAUUCCCUCCUCCAUAUAAUCUUCUGGAGAUCUGGAUCAGUUUCUUUCCCCCACCUGCUUUUCUCUCUUCUCCCCCUUUCCCCAUCCACCCCUCCCCAUCUGGACCAUAACAGACCCCAAAACAAAACCCAACUUGGUGAAAAGGAUAAUAGAAAAGAAGACAUUAUCCUGGUAAGAGUUUACUGGUUGCCAUCCAAGAGAGGACAAUAGCCAGGAUGCUGGCUGGUGGAACAACCUGCUGGCCUGAACAAGGCUGCCAGGAUUGGGUACCUGAGAAGGACCACUUGGCAUCAGAUACUUUUGAGAUGGCUAAAGUCAGCUAGACAGCCCAAGCUGACUGGGGACAUGUACAUGUAUAUUUGUUGCAAGCAGAAGAAAACAGACCUCUUUCCCUCAUUCCUUACCUCCCCCUCCCUCGUUAAGGCAGCUCAUACAAGCUUGCAUUGAACUGAAUAAAUGAGUAGACAUUGUGGACCUCACAAGAUUAUUUAAUUCUGAAAAUGUAUAGACUUUGAUGGUAAAUGUGACAUAUGUUAGUUUCCCUUCUUUGCAUUUAUUUAAAAUAUUGUAGAGAUAUUGUUGUCUUAUUCUGAGGCACAAUCUCCGGGGAGAGGGGAGUGCGUUUAGACCCAUGUGCAACUGUACAAAUUGUGUUGUGGCUAUAUAGAAAGCCAUGUGCUAAGAAUAAACUGUUUUAAAGUUCUAAGACA